AAGACAGAAUCUUGUUAGAUGCCAAAUUCUAACAAGGUUGCAGAAGAAAACUUCGCUGCCUGCUUGUACUACUUUUUGACUGCUUUACAUUUAUUCGGGACAAUGAUGGACCACAAAAUGCAAGGAUCCAUUGAACUUCUUUCGAUGGACCCAUGCCAAUUUACUUCUAGUACACUGCAGAAACCAUUGCUGGCAAUCUUAAAGUUCUUUUAUUCAAGCAUUAAUGUGAACUGUAGGUCACCCGAAGAUACUGUAUUAUUAUUAAAAGGUUGCUUGCAAGCUUAAAGUUCUCUAACAUAUUUGGGAGAACAAAUUAAGUAGACCAAGUACCUCCUCUCGGAACUGGUGAACAUACAUACCCACCCAUUCAGUCUCAUAGGCAGAUCAGAGAUGGCAGAAUCGUAUGAUAAGCAGGCCAAGCAGUAUUCAGAAAGCAGGCCAACUUACCCAGAGAAACUGUUCCAGUUCAUAGCAUCCAAGACACCGUGCCAUGACCUUGCUUGGGAUGUAGGCACGGGCAGUGGCCAGGCUGCGAGAACUUUGGCUGGGAUAUACAAGAACGUGGUAGCCACAGACACGAGCCCAAAGCAACUGGAAUUUGCACUCAAGCUUCCCAACAUUACAUAUCAAUGCACCCCUCCUGAGAUGUCUAUUUCCGAGCUUGAGCAAACGGUGUCAGCAGAAUCAAGUGUUGAUUUAGUGACAAGUGCUGCAGCUAUGCAUUGGUUUGAUCUUCCAAACUUCUACCAGCAAGUGAAGUGGAUACUAAAAGAGCCUGACGGUGUAAUUGCAGCAUGGUCCUAUACUAAGGCAGAGAUCAACGCUAGCGCCGCUAAUGCUCUUCUCCAGAAACUGUAUGAUGAUAGUGAUCCUUACAUAGAUCCACGAGCCAGAUUUUUCCUACACGACAAGUACAGAACCAUUGACUUCCCCUUUCAGCCAGUCGAUGGACUCGACCACACUGGACCAUUCGAAUUCAAAAUGGAAUGGUUGAUGGAUUUAGAUGACUGUUUCGCAUUCAUAAAGUCAUGGGCACAUUACCAAGCUGCAAAAGAUACCGGAGUUGAACUCUUGCAUGAUGAUUUUGUUCAAGGCUUCACUCGUGCUUGGCAUGAAGAUGGCAAUCCCAAAAAGAUUGCUACUUUUCGUAUUAACCUAAGGAUUGGAAAAGUUGGGAACGGGAGCAAGUGAAGGUUUUGCAGCUUCGUAUGGAUGAAAGUUUCCAUUCCCUACAGAUUUGAGUUCUGUAUCAGAUAUCAAGCCACCAGCUAAUAAGUACAUAGCUUUUAGAGUGAUUAUUUCUCAAAAAAAGUCAUUUAAUAGCCAGGUAAGCCACCUAUGUUCUCUUGAUAAACAUUUAUCUACUUGCUGGGAAAAUUAGUUGAAGUUAAUAAAUAUCCAUCGAAUCUG